UUUAUUGCUUCCUCUUUUCAUUCUCUUUUUUUCUUCUUCGAGUUAUUGAUAGUCAAAUCAAUACAAGUCGUUAUCAUGCAGUCAUCAAAUUAUUAUUACCAGCCUCAAUGUAUGAUUCCAUCUUCUACUAUUAUUGACUCAAAUAUCAUUAUUGAAGAAGAAUCAGAUGGAAAUGAUACAAUACCAGAUAAAAGAUCAGGUAGAAGAAAGAUCAAGAUUGAAUACAUUAGUGACAAAUCAAGAAGACAUAUCACUUUUUCUAAACGAAAGGCUGGAAUAAUGAAAAAAGCUUAUGAGUUGAGUACACUGACAGGUACUCAAGUUUUACUUUUAGUAGUUUCUGAAACUGGUCUCGUUUACACUUUUACUACAUCUAAACUACAGCCACUUGUUACAAAACCUGAAGGAAAAAGUUUAAUUCAAUCUUGUUUAAAUGCUCCUGAUUCAAUUGAGUCAACUUCUUCUGUAAUAGAUCAACAAACUCAGCUUAAUGAAUCCAUAACACCUUCUAGUAUCAAUCAUUUGUCUAAAUCUUUUUCAUCUAUGACAAAUAAUCCUAAUUAUUAUAGAUCAGUAGAUCAUUCUGCGAAUAAUGAGUAUAUUGAAGAUAGAGAGGAUUUUAGUAAUAUGACAUCUAAUUCACCUAUGCUUAUGAAUAAUUCACCAAACUUAAAUUAUAACGCAACAAUGACAUAUUAUGGUAAUCCUUCUAUAAAUGCAACAUCUACUACUACCAAUAAUACAGCAGUAGAACCUUCAUUAUAUUCAUACAAUCUAUCUAUUUCACAACAAAAUACUGAUAAUAGGUACUGGGCUAAUAACAGUAAGUUCCAGAAUGAUACCAAAAGAUAAAAAAAAACAUCCAUUAUACAUCAUUACUUUACAUACAAAUAUACAUUCAAAAGAUUAAGACGAAAAAAAACCCCUAUAUCAAAACCUUUCAUAUCACAUUCUAUGUAUUUAUUGAUACACACAUAUAUAAAUAUACUCCUUUCUAUAUUAUGUAUCUCUAACUAUUAAUUUAUUUAUUAUUAUUAAAAUUACUGUAUAACAGAGAGUACUAUAUUACAUAA